AUGGUGGGCAUCGACAAGGGUCUGAAAAAGUUAUCUCAUCCCGAGACCGAUCAACAAUCCCACGAGCUACCCGUAGCUCGUCACGAAGAGACGUCAGAGCUCUCUCUCGUUCUCAAGCUGAGCAAAGGCAAACUCAGCUCGAUGCUUCGAGACAGCGUCCGCCAGUUGGAGACGUCAGUCCCGCUCAUGUUCGAGGUCGCCGCGUAA